AUGGCCUCAAGUGGUUUCUCAGCACUAUUGCCUGUUGCAUUUACAGGAGAUAAUUAUGAUUUUUGGGCUACUAAAAUGAAGGCAUACUUGAAUGCUUAUAGCUUGUGGGAGAUAAGUGAAACAGGAACAGAACCUCCACCAUUGAGAGCUAAUCCAACCAUUCCUCAGUUGAAACAGCAUGGUGAGGAGGUAGCAAAAAAGUUUAAAGCUUUGUCUUGCAUUCAAUCCGCCGUAUCUGAUGCAAUCUUCACCAGAAUCAUCACAUGCGAGACAGCAAAGGAGGCCUGGGAUCGGUUGCAAGAGGAGUUUAGGGGAAAUGCAAGAACAAGACAAAUGAAAGUGCUCAACCUAAGAAGAGAGUUUGAGAGUCUGAAGAUGAAGGAGACUGAAUCUGUCAAAGAUUAUUCUGACAGAUUAAUGAAGGUUGUGAAUCAAAUAAGACUCUCGGGAGAUGAGUUAAGUGACAAGAGAAUUGUGGAAAAGGUUCUUAUCAUCUUGCCUGAGAAGUUCGAAGCUAAAAUCUCAUCACUAGAGGACUCAAGGGAUCUGUCUUCAACGUCUGUGGCUGAAUUGGUUAAUGCAUUGCAAGCCACUGAACAAAGAUGUCUGAUGAGGCAAGAGGAACAGGUAGAAGGAGCCUUAUUUGUUAAAGGAAAAUUUAAGGCACAAACCAGUUAUGGUGUGAAGCAAAACCAGCCUGGAAGAAGGAGACCUGGAUGUUUGGAAGAUAAAUUGUCAAAUUAG